AUGGUAGUCUUAGGAUGUGAAUAAGGAAUGUUCCCAAGAAUGAUAAAUACUGCCCCACGACGCCUCCAUACCUGGGCAUUCAACUACGCGAUUAACUAUCAAUCUUUGGUAUCACGCGGCAAGCAAACAACAUACGAUCAAGUACUAGUUAUAGUUGAUAAAGAUAUCCAUAGUACGAUCUAUCCCGAGUUGAAAUCAUCAUACCAAGCCAGACCUCUCGAGCCUUCGCACUUACUUCAUUGUUAAUAAUGUUGACUACUAAGCACCUACUAUGGUGCAUGUUGACAUGCGCCUCUCAAGUGGCGAAUGGACUCUGUUUACCAAGGACUGGCCCUUCUAAUGGAGGCGACACGGUAUUAGGGGACACACAUCACGCCCGAGCGAAGGGAUUUGGAAACGGCAUGCCUUUGCGAAUCAUGCCCCUUGGUGCCUCUAUCACGUACGGCUAUGGGUCCACAGACGGGAACGGAUACCGUAAAGACCUUCGGAGCCAACUGGAAGCGAACGGAAACAAGGUCAACAUGGUCGGAGACAAUCCUAGUGGGGACAUGAAAGAUAACGACACCGAGGGCUGGAAAGGCUACAGAAUCGACCAGGUUCACGCCAAAGCGGACGGCACCGUGCCCAAAUACAAACCUAACCUUAUCCUCAUCAACGUCGGGACGAAUGAUGCAGUCCAAAACAAGGACAUCGCCAACGCUGGGAAGCGAAUGACGGACAUGCUCAAUGACCUGUACAAGGAGUCUCCCAGAGCCACUGUCAUUCUAUCCACCCUCUUGGUAAAUGGCAAUAAAGCGGUGCAAGACCGAGUUCAGCAGAUCAAUGCCCAGUUCAAGACAGUAGCAGCCGAGUUCCAGGCAUCUAAGCACCGAAUUGUCCUAGUCGAUAUGCAGAGCAGCGCGGGUCCUAAGGUGACAGACCUGAACAAGGACGGCACUCACCCGACUAACGAGGGAUACAAGAUGAUGGCCAACAUUUGGUAUGCGGGCAUCAAGGAAGCGGAUAAACAGCACUACCUACAAAUAGCGGAAAAGGUUACCGGGAUCCCAGAUGAUGGCGCCUGAUGGGUUAAUUCAUACUGUCCAAAUCUCUCAGGUGCCAUAUGACAUAUACAUUUGAGGUGCUUGGGUGUGCAUACGGGAGGCGUUUGGAUUUUGGGAGUGGGCAGCAUCUCGCAUCUAGGUGGCAGGGUAAAUUGGAUGGGACUUAUCUUCUUGGUAUAUAUAUUCAUCUGUUUUUACUUUUACACGGGUAGGUACCUAGGGAUGUAUCUACCUGAAAGAUACGGGCAAUAUGUUGUGGGACGAUGGAGAAGAGGACAUAUGAUACCCAUUAGAAGGAGUCAGGAUAAUUUAU